AUUGUGGCAAUAGCACGUACCAGUGGACAGUGUUGAGUUCUGUGAAAACAGAAGAGUAAAUUAUAUAGUGCAAGUGGUCUCAGUAAAGAGAUAUUAAUCAAAGUAUAAAUAUGACGAACGUGAAACUAUAUUAUUUCGACAUCAAGGGUCUGGCGGAACCCAUCCGUCUGCUGCUCACACACCUCGGUGUCGACUUCGAAGACGUCCGAAUCAAGAGGGAGGACUGGCCGGCUUUGAAAGAGAAAAUGCCUUUUGGUACCAUGCCAGUUUUGGUAGUAAACGGCAAACAGUACGCACAGAGCAUAGCUAUAGGGCGGUACCUGGGCCACAAGUACGGCCUGGCUGGGAAGACUAACGAGGAAGACUUCGAGAUAGACCAGAACAUAGAUUUUGUCAUUGAUAUUAGGAUAAACGCUAUGGGUGUGUUUAUUGAAACUGAUGAGGCAAAGAAGAAGGAGAAACAUGAAGCCCUGAUGAAGGACUACUAUCCUGUUGUCUUUGCCAAGUUGAAUGACAUUCUGCUGAAGAAUAAUGGACAUAUAGCUUUAGGACGGCUCACCUGGGCCGAUUUCUACUUGGGCACAUUAUUAGUAGCCUUCAAGAGUUUCCCCCAGAUGCCUGACAUUGAGGAGAAAUACCCUGGAUUCAAGAAGAGCAUACAAGUGCUCCUGUCCAACCCUAAAGUUAAGGCUUUCAGUGAAAAGCAUAUUAAAUCAAACAUGGCGAAACUGUACUACUUCGACACCAAGGGUCUGGCGGAACCCAUCCGUCUGCUGCUCACACACCUCGGUGUCGACUUCGAAGACGUCCGAAUCAAGAAGGAGGACUGGCCGGCUUUGAAAGGAAAAAUGCCUUUUGGUACCAUGCCAGUUUUGGAAAUGAACGGCAAGCAGUACGCACAGAGCGCAGCUAUAGGGCGGUACCUGGGUCACAAGUACGGACUGGCCGGGAAAAACGUGGAGGAAGACUUCGAGAUAGACCAGAACCUGGACUACGUCAACGAUAUCAGAAUAAAGGCUCUAGGCGUCCUUUACGAAAAUGACGAGGCAAGAAAGAAGGAAAAACAUGAAGCUCUGAUGAAGGACUACUACCCUGGAGCUUUUAGCAAGCUCAAUGAAAUUCUGUUGCAGAACAAUGGACAUUUGGCUUUGGGACGGCUGACCUGGGCUGACUUCUACGUCGGUGGAAUGAUAGACGGCUUCAAAAUGCUAACCCAGAUGCCAGACAUUGAUGAGAAAUACCCUGGACUCAAGAAGAGCCUCGAAGUACUGGAGUCGAACCCUAAAGUUAAGGCUUUCAUUGAAAAGCAUAAGAAUUAAGAAGAUUACUUAUAGUUAAUAGUGUUUUAGAUCGAUUACAUUUUGAAUAUUUUUAUUACUUUUAUAUUUAAGAUUCAAUCUCCUAAUUUAAAAAAAAUUGUACGAUGUUUUGUGUGAGAAUGCACCCUUGUGUUUGAAAUUUGGAUGUUUAAAAACUGUUUUAUUUAUUGCAUUAAACGAGUUGCUAAAGAAAUCUUC